GGGCAACACAGUAUUUGUCCAGAAAAAUUCGUAAGAGGGGAGUCUUGCAAAAUUUUAUGGUCGGUGACUGAGGACAGGAGAAUCGGUGGAUCGACUACUUCUUUUCGCAUUUAAAAGGUUUAAAAUUUAUUGAAACUAUCAAUUCAGUGCAAUAAGAAUGAUAAAUGGCGGCUGCGCAUAAAUACGUGAAACUUUCGAACGUUGCGUCGAAUUAUGCAAAGCGCAUGAACCGCCUCAGUAAUUCGAUAUUUGGAGAGGUUACAAGACCUACAUCCAACAAGUCGAUGAAAGUUGUUCAACUGUUCAGCGAGGAGCCCAUCGACCAGCGGUCUGCCAUCGUGGAGUAUUAUCCAAGGCACAUCGAGACAGGCCUACUGAUGAAACACUUGCGGGACUAUGGACUCUUCCGAGACGAGCACCAGGAUUUCAAAGAGGAGUACGAGAGACUUAGAGAGCUCCGAGGCAAGGGCGAUAGAAAGAAGGGAGAGGGCAAGAAAGAGAAGAAACAUUACCUUUAAAUCCGUCUCCUGGGGUUCCGACCUGACCUCUACUUUGGAUACCGAUGGCUGACCACUGAGCUGCAGCAGGUCGGUGUAAUUCUGGCCACUGCUCUCGAUCGAUAUCCCACCGAGGUAUCUCUCACGUUUGCAAGCUCCACCAUGGGGCUCAAACCCAGACUCCAACUGUUCCAUCUUCUUGUCGUUAAAGAUCAGAUCGUACAUCCAGGACCUAGACCAUGGAUUUAAUUUCAUCAAACUACUUACACAGGUAAACCUUCUACGAUGAAUAAUUUACUGCCAAAGAUUAUCUUGUAUAGAGGAAGAAAAUCGAUUAAAUCGUAGCAAAGAAUUUAACCUUU